AAUACUAACCAGGCUAGUAUUAAGAUCGGGAUCCUCAGGGAAAGCAUCAAAGUCCUCGUCAUACAGACAAAGCAGAGAACAAAGAAGCAGGUUCUCUCCCCUUCCAACCAGGAGACCUAUACCCUCAUCGGUACAGGCAGCGCGGCGGGUAAUACAAUGCCGCCGUGGCUUAUCUUUAAGACAUAG